AUGGUUCGCAACAUUCACAUCGCCGUGCUGGAUGUUGACAUCCCAGCCCGCGGUCUCUACGAAGCCCGAGGCCUCUGCAGCGCACACUUCCGCAGCAUCCUCCGCGAGACAGCAGCACACCUGAACGAAACCAACCCAAACAUAAUCGACCCUAUUAAUAUAACCGUCACACCCUACGAUAUUCGCGGAGGCCAUUUCCCCGAAUUCCACCUGAUGCGCGGCUCCGACCCUCAAGACGGAUAUCCCGUUCUGAACCCCAUCGACGCCAUCAUGAUCACCGGCGGUAACCCAGGCGUGUACGAAAUGCCACACUCACCCUGGAUGCAAGUGCUGCAGAAAUUUAUCAGAACCGUUUACGACGAACACUCCGAGGUUCGCAUUCUGGGAACUUGCUUCGGCCACCAGCUCAUUUCGCACGCCCUUGUUCGCGAUCCCAAGGACGAGGUCCGCGACGUCUACGUCGAGAAGUGCCCUCUGGGAAGAGAAGUUGGAAUUUACAAAGUUGAUCUUAAUAAGCAAUUUAUUCAGUCGUUCCCUUCGGCUUUCGCUCAUCUUCCGCAAGGCCAGAUGCGCAUCCAGAUGUUCCACGGUGAUCGGGUCAUGGCUGUUGAGAAGGGGGCUCCUGUGUCGCUGAGCGAUACCCCUCCUGUUUCCCUGCCUGCUCCUUGGAUUAAUGUUGGAAGUACCCCUAUCUGCCCUAUUCAGGGCCUUUAUAACCCCGGCCGUGUGUUGUCUGUUCAGGGUCACUAUGAGAUGGAUGCCUUUGGUCUGACCAAGAUGUGCAAGGAUGCUGCGCCCACUAUGGGAUGGAAGGAGUCCAAGCUUGCCGUAUUCCUGGAGCAGGUUGGUCCUGAUAUGGUGGAUCAACAGGACGAUGCUAAGUGCUUUGCUACCGCGGUUGUCUCCUUCCUGUCUGACCUGGAGGGAUGA